AUGCCGCGUUCCUUCCUGGUGGACUCGCUGGUGCUGCGCGAGGCUGGCGAGAAGAAGGCGCCCGAGGGCAGCCCGCCGCCGCUCUUCCCCUACGCGGUGCCCCCGCCGCACGCGCUGCACGGCCUGUCUCCCGGCGCCUGCCACGCGCGCAAGGCCGGGCUGCUGUGUGUGUGCCCGCUUUGCGUCACCGCCUCGCAGCUGCAUGGGCCCCCCGGGCCGCCCGCGCUGCCGCUGCUCAAGGCGUCCUUCCCGCCCUUCGGCUCGCAGUACUGCCACGCGCCCUUGGGCCGCCAGCACUCGGCCGUGUCGCCCGGGGUUGCACACGGCCCGGCCGCCGCCGCCGCCGCUGCCGCCGCGCUGUACCAGACCUCCUACCCGCUACCCGACCCCAGGCAGUUCCACUGCAUCUCCGUGGACAGCAGCUCGAGCCAGCUGCCCAGCAGCAAGCGGAUGCGCACAGCCUUCACCAGCACGCAGCUACUGGAGCUGGAGCGCGAGUUCGCCUCCAAUAUGUACCUGUCCCGCCUGCGCCGCAUUGAGAUUGCGACCUACCUGAAUCUGUCAGAGAAGCAGGUGAAGAUCUGGUUCCAGAACCGCCGGGUGAAGCACAAGAAGGAGGGCAAAGGCAGCAACCACCGAGGAGGCGGCGGAAGCGCGGGUGCCGGCGGGGACGCACCGCAAAGUUGCAAGUGCGCUUCGCUCUCCUCAGCCAAAUGCUCGGAGGAUGACGACGAAUUGCCCAUGUCUCCGUCCUCGUCCGGGAAGGACGACCGGGAUGUCACUGUCACUCCUUAGGCGCGCGCCUGCCUAGGUCGCCCACCCCACGCCCUCCCUGCGUCUCAAAGACUUGCCCCUGGUUCUCGGACACCCCACUGCCAAACAGCCCCCACGCACAGAUUUGGCGCCGCUUUGCGGAGGUCGCAGGUCCUGGGCGGCUGCGAGAGCUUGGCAGGGAUCUGAUGCUUGUAUCCCCGCCCCAGGGCCUGCCGCCAUCCGAGGCAUACUCCAAACUGUGAACGCUGCGUGCGCUCGCGUCCGCCUCCGGCGCGCAGCCAGCGGCCCCCGCGAGCUCGCCGCCCAACCCAGCGCCUUGCUGGCCGCCAGCGCCUGCUCGCCUGCCCUCUCUGGGUUGGUUCGGGUUUCCCUUGCUUCCUCUACUCUCCGCCCGCUGUCAAGUUCACCCUUUCACACCUUGGAUGCCCCUUUGCCACCCCACCCCACCCCCACCUUUAAAACAAAACGAAACAAAACUUCUUUCUCUCGCUCCCCACCUCUUUCCUGUGGUUUUUAAUCCAACUCUCUCACAC